AUGCAGAAACGAGCCACAGUCACUGAUGCUUGUGAUGUUGGUUUCGGUACCCAGAACGGCGGAACCACUGGUGGCGCUGGUGGCGCGACUACCACCGUUUCGACGCUCGCGCAGUUCACUGCUGCGGCAACUUCUGAUGACGACUUGGUCAUUGUUGUAAGCGGUGCCAUCUCCGGGGCGACCAAGGUCAGAGUCGCGUCGAAUAAGUCCAUUAUUGGCGCUGCCGGCAGCUCUCUAACCGGCGUUGGCUUGUACAUCAACAAGGUCUCCAACGUCAUUGUGCGCAACAUGAAGAUCAGCAAGGUCGAGGCGGACAAUGGCGACGCUAUUGGCAUCCAAGCUUCGUCAAAUGUCUGGGUCGACCACUGCGAUCUUUCGAGCGAUUUGGAUCAUGACAAAGACUUCUAUGAUGGUCUCUGCGAUGUAACUCAUGCUAGUGAAUAUGUCACGAUCUCGAACACUUUCUUCCAUGACCACUUCAAAGCAUCUCUUGUCGGCCACUCAGACAGCAACGGCGAUGAGGACACCGGCCACUUACACGUCACCUACGCCAACAACCACUGGAGCAACAUCAACAGCCGUGGACCUUCGUUCCGAUUCGGCACUGGCCACAUCUUCAACUCCUUCUACACCGAGAUGGGCACUGGCAUCAACACGCGAAUGGGAGCCCAGCUGCUUAUCGAGUCCACAGUGUUCGAGAGCUCUGGCACAAAGGCGAUCGAGACCGCAGACAGCGAUGAAGAUGGCUUUGCGGUUGUCAACGAUGUGGACCUUGGCGGCUCCACCAACACCGCACCCGAGGGCACCCUGACCAGCGUGCCGUACGAGUACACACUGCUCGGUUCGGCUAAUGUCAAGAGUGCUGUCACUGCCAGCGCAGGCCAGACUCUGACUUUCUAA